UAUAAAUAUCAGCUUUAUCCUCAGAGCGCCCAAUUGGCUCCUGUAAACUGACUCGGCACCCACAAUGGCGGCCAAGGUAUCUGUCCUGCUGGUCGCUCUCCUUUACUUUGGGCAUUCCAGCUUUGCUAAAAACAGCCAUAGCAGCAGCAGCAGUGAAGAAAAGUACCCCAUUAGCAAGAAAGACUGCAAAGUGGAUCCUCAUGUGAGAAGAGACUGUGGUUACUCUGGAAUUAGCGAAUCGGAAUGCAAAAAACGCAACUGCUGCUUCGAUUCCAGUAUUCUAAAUGUCAACUUUUGCUUCUUUUCUCGCUCCCAAGAUAAAGAGCAGUGCUCGAGUAACAAGAAAGACAGGAAGAACUGCGGCCACUCAGGCAUCAGCGCCAGGGACUGUUAUUCCAAGGGAUGCUGUUACGAUCCCAGCGAUCGCAGUGGCAAUGAGUGCUACAAGCCAACCGUGAAAAGUUGCGCCGUGACUCACAAAAACAGGAAAGAUUGCGGCUAUCCGUACAUCAGCGCCAAAGACUGCUUUUCAAGAGGGUGUUGUUUCGAUGACAGCGUUCCCCAAACCAUCUGGUGUUACUAUGGCACUAACUAAAGCGGAAAACGAUUUUUCCUUGGUUGUCGGAGUUUAGGACAACCCCAAGUACAAAGACGUUUAAUGUAUAUUGUUACAAUAUUGUUGACUUCAGUCUGAGUAAAUUUAUAUGUAAUAAACUGUCAAAACAAAAUGAACUGUUAAAAAAACUGUCAAAAAAAUAAUAAAAAAAGCAAUGAUUUACCUGC